ACUAGCACACAGGCGUCUUCACACCACCCAAAAACAUCAAGUACCAACACACAUUUCUGCAAAAGUGCAUCUCAUCAGAAAAAAUACACCAUGAUCACUCCUAGGAGCCUAGUUCAGCAGGCAAAGAAGUGGCAGCAGAUGGUAGCCAUCGGGAAGCGGAGGCCAGCGGUGAUGGGGGCGAUCUACGACGUCAACCUGCGGAGUGCAUCGACCAUCGCAGACAAGGGCCACUGCAUCGUCUACACCACCGGUGGAGAGAGGUUUGAGGUCCCGUUGGUGUACCUUGGUACGAUGGUGUUUGGGGAGCUCCUGAGGAUGUCAGAGGACGAAUUCGGGUUCACGAGUGAACACAGGAUCACGGUACCUUGCGACGCGGCGGUGAUGGCGUAUGUCAUGUGCUUACUUAGGAGAAAACCGUCAGAGGAGGUGGAGAGGGCCGUCCUUAGCUCUCUGGUAAUGCCACGCAGCAACCAGAGUGGCACCGCCAUGGUUUACAAGGGUCUUGGCCAGUCGGUGGCUAUAUUUUAGCUAGUGAGAAGUGAUGUGUUCUUGGUGUAUAUAUGUGCAUCCUUUUUUGGUAAGCCUUCAUGUGAUGUAAUGUGUACAUAGAUGUAUGCACAUAGCCAAGUAUAUAAGUGAAGAACAUAUUUGCAGUUGGAUCUA